GGCAAAAGCAAUGCUUACCAAGUUUGAGAAGUAUUGGAAAGAUUUCAGUUUGAUAUUGGCAAUUGCGAUAGUGCUUGAUUCUCGUCACAAGUUGAAUUUUGUAGAUUAUGCUUAUGGCAAUGUUUAUGGAAUGAAAGGGUCACCUCAAUUUUUAGAAGUUAAGAGAAAUUUGGAGUUGUUGUUUACUGAAUACUCUAAGGGCAAGGUUUCUACAAUAAAUGUUGUGACUUCACUUCCUACUCCUAUUGCUAAAAAUUCAGCACACAAGUUUUUACAGAGGCAAACCAAAGUAUUGAAGGAGUUCAACAACUUUGAAAGCUAAGAGCAAAUUGUUAUGUAGAAAUCAGAGUUAGAAG